AUGUUACUUCAAGAUGUUUCAGAUCCGAUGUUGUGCAGAGUAUUCCCUGCCACCCUCAAGGGAUCAGCGCAGAAAUGGUACCUCGGACUGAAGUCCAAUACCAUCGGAACAUUUGCAGAACUGGCAACGGCAUUCAAAGGGCGUUUCCGCACAAACAUCCCGCUGCAGAAGAACUCAAGUGACUUACGGAAGUGCCGACAAGGUGAAGGCGAGACGUUGAAGAACUUCGUGGAGAGAUUCAAUAAAGAAGCAGUCCAGAUAGAGCACCUAAACCAUGAUACAGCCAUAGAAGCCAUGAAGAUGGGAACUAGGUUCGAACGAUUGAGAGACAAGAUCUUAAUGAAAAAGCCUUCCACUUUCCAAGAAUUGAUGGCAAUAGCACAUAAGUACGUAGAACUGGAUGAAGCAAGAAGAACGCUGACAAAACAGUAUGAGGAGGACAAAACAGAGAGAUACCGCAGUAGAGGAGGAGAUGACAGAGCGCAGAGAUUUGGAAGAGGAAACAAGCCAUUUGACUUCACACCUUUGAAUAGAGCACCAGUGGAAAUAUUCAGCUGGAUGAAGAACAAUAGAAUCAUGUACAAUGCACCCAGAAAGCUACACCCAGACAAAGAGAGAGACAAGAGCAAGUAUUGCAGAUUCCAUGAAGGAUAUGGCCACGACACAGAUAGAUGCUGGGACUUGAAGCGGGAGAUAGAACAGCUGAUCCAGUCACGAGUGUUGAAGAAGUUUGUACGUACAGAAGGAAGUGCAGAAAAAAGGAAACCGGAAAAUAUAGAAAAAGAAGAGGCAAACAAAAGAUUCAAAGAACCUAUGGGCGUGAUCAACAUGAUAGAAGGGGGGGAACCCUAUUCGAAGGCACAGAAGAAGAAGAUACGUAAGGGCGUGUACUCGAUAAGCACUAGAGCAUCCGCAGAGGAGCUUCCGUUAGUCACCUUUGGACCAGAAGAUGGGAGACAUGUGCAGGAACCGCACAACGAUGCGCUAGUAAUCAAAGCAUUGAUUAACAAUUUUAGAGUAAUGAGGAUCCUGGUGGACGAAGGAAGCGCAGUUAACCUCCUUACCUUGCAAGUCUUCAGGGGGAUAAGGGGAUCAGUAACGGAUCUCAGACAGGUUUUCGUGCCGUUGGUUGGCUUAGGAGGAAAGCCUAUCAGACCGGAAGGGAUGGUAGAGCUGGAGAUAAUUCUGGGAGAAGCAGAAGAAGGGCCACUGAAGACCAUGACAGCAGUUUUCAAUGUGUGUGGUGCAGUAACCAGCAUCAGAUGGCUGACACUUAAAAUUCCGGACGAAGAAGGGAUAGUAACUGUAAAAGGAAGCCAGUUAGCCGCACGAGAAUGCAACUUGAUCACUGAAGAAAAAGGCGAAAGUCUGAACAUUGAAGCAUUCCCUGAGGAUCCAGAAGAAGAAGAAGGAGAUAGGAACGCCCCAGUGGGCAACAUGAGGGAAUUCCAGAUCACCCAGAAGAAAGCAGUGAUGAUCGGGACAGAAAUACCAGAGGCUGUGGCUGUAGAAAUCAAGAGUGUAUUACAGAAGAAUGGAGACACCUUUGCCGCAGAGGCCUCAGAAGUGGUAGGAAUUGAUCCAGCGAUAGCCUCCCAUAAAUUGACUGUUUACAAAGACGCCAAACCAGUAGUACAGAAGAAGAGACGUUUCGCAGAAGAUCGUAGGAAGGUCAUAGAGGAAGAAGUCAGGAAGUUGGAGGCAGCCAAGUUCAUAAGGGAGGUGAUGUACCCGGAAUGGGUUGCUAACGUCGUCUUGGUGAAAAAAGCAAAUGGAGGAUACCGCAUGUGCGUAGAUUUCACGGAUUCAAACAAAGCAUGCCCAAAGAACAGCUAUCCGCUGCCGAAUAUUGAUCAGCUGGUAGAUUCAACAGCUUGCUAUCAGCUGUAUAGUCUCGCAGACGCUAAACAGGGUUAUCAUCAGAUACCAAUGAACGAAGCAGAUCAGGAGAAGACAGCUUUCACUACCGACUUGGGAACGUAUUGUUACAACGUCAUGCCAUUUGGGCUGAAGAACGCUGGAGCAACGUACCAACGACUGGUGAACUUCAUGUUUAAGGAUCAACUGGGAAGAAACAUAGAGGUCUAUGUGGACGACUUGAUCAUAAAAAGCAGCACACCCGAAGAGCACGCCAAGGACCUGGAGGAAACCUUUGCGGUACUGAACAAAUUUAACAUGAAGUUAAAUCCGGAGAAGUGCGCGUUCGGUAUUAAAGCCGGGAAGUUCCUGGGGUACUUAGUGAGUCAUAGAGGCAUAGAGGCAAACCCAGAAAAGAUUCAAGCCAUCCUAGACAUGGUAGCACCGCGAAGCAUCAGAGAAGUCCAAAAACUAAACGGAAGGGUGACAGCGUUGGGGCGAUUUGUCUCUUCGUCUGCGAAGAGAUGUCUCCCCUUUUUCAAGCAACUGCGCAACAUGAAGAAGUUCAAAUGGAAUGAUGAAUGUCAGAAAGCUUUCGAGGAAUUGAAAGUCUUUUUGACCAGCCCACCGUUACUCAGUCGCCCAAAAGCAGGAGAAAUUCUGUACCUGUACCUGUCAGCAGGUAAAGAAACGAUCGCGUUGGUACUAGUAAGAGAGGAAGAAGAAGAGCAGCUGCCUAUUUACUACUCCAGCAGGACGUUGAAAGGCGCAGAGUUAAAUUACCCGACAAUUGACAAGUUGGCACUAAUGGUGGUAGUAGCAGCGAAGAAGUUACGGCCAUAUUUUCAAGGGCAUACGGUUAUCAUAAGCACUAAUCAACCUCUGAGGAAGGCAUUGCAGAGACCAGAAACUUCAGGAAGGAUGGUCAGCUGGUCCAUCCAGUUAGGAGAACAUGAUAUAAGAUAUGAGCCGAGGAAAACGUUGAAGGCGCAAGCACUCGCAGACUUUGUGGUAGAGAUGACGGAGAAACCAGACACUGAAGAACCCAGAGAAGCAGUUACUUGGAAUCUCUAUGUAGAUGGAGCAUCUAACAACCUCGGAGCGGGAGCAGGGGUUGUCUUAGAGGGACCAAUGGGAAUAACAAUCGAGUAUGCAGUACACUGA